GUAAUCAACAGCCGAGAACGGACUGGCAAAUAAAAUGUUCAAAUCUUAUCGGGAUAAGCUGCGGCUCAAAGACGGUGAUGCCGCGGAGCUUGACGUAAACUAUGGACAAACGAUAUCCGUGGUGUGGUCAUUUAUCUUGACGGCAACCGUUGUUGGAAUCUACUUUCUGGUCUACCUGAAUUGGGUAUCGCUACCGACGGGCCUGACGACUACCGACGAGGCGAGUAAUCCGGGACGAUUCAUCGCUCAAGUGGCCAAGGAGAACCUAGCGAUUUUGACCAGUCAGGGACCUCGAGUGGGAGGCAGUCCCAACAAUGAGAUAUUCACCGUUGACUUCCUGCAAUCGACGGUCGAGCACAUUGCAUCGAGGGCCAAUUCGGUGCAUCACUUCGAGAUCCUAGUUCAAAAGCAAGACGGGGACUCGUUCUUCAACUACUCUACCUACCCGAUGACAAGCGUCUUCCAGGGUAUUCAGAAUGUGCUGGUCAAGGUUACUCCGGCCGGAGCCCCAGAACCGGAAAACUAUCUGAUGUUGAGUUCUCACUUCGACAGCGUUCCGCAGAGUCCGGGCGCUGGGGAUGACGGCACGAUGACGGUGGUAAUGCUGGAGAUCUUGCGGCAGCUGUCGUUGGAUAGCAACGCCUAUCGGCAUGGAAUAGUGUUUGUGUUCAACGGGUUCGAAGAGAACGCCCUGCAAGGGGCUGCUGCCUUCAUUCUGCACCCGUGGUGGGAUCGGGUCCGGGCGUUCAUCAAUAUGGAUGUGGCGGCCAAUGGCGGACGGGAGAUUAUGUUCCAGGCGGGACCGGAUUUCUCCUUUUUUAUGGAGUAUUACAGAGACCACGUUCCCAAUCCGUUCUGCACGGCCGCUGCCGAGGAGCUCUUCCAGGCGGAUCUGGUUCCGUCGGAAACGGACUUUUACGUGUACACCAACUUCGGAGGCCGGCCGGGGAUGGAUUUUGCCCACGCAACCUGGGGUUAUCUGUACCACACGGGUUACGACGCACUGGACACGAUUCCACUGGAAACGCUCCAGCAUACUGGGGACAACGUCCUGGCAUUGGUCCGGGGUCUGGCCAACGCUCCGGAGCUAGACGACAUCGACAACUACGAGGGUAACAAGGCAGUAUUCUUCGACUUUUUGAACUGGUUCCUGGUGUUCUAUCCGGCUUGGGCCGGUAUAGUGAUUAACUCGGUAAUGGCCGCUUUGGGAUUGGGGCUGAUCUUCGGAUCGUUUGCCAUCAUGGCCCAGGACGCUGGAGUCAGCUACGGCAGGGUGGUUGCACAGUUUUUCAUCAACUUUGGAGUUCAACUGCUGUCGAUUGCCGUAGGUGCUGGGUUCACCAUUCUGAUGGCGGUGAUCUUGAAUGCGGCUGGUGGUUCCAUGUCCUGGUUCACCGAAUCCUGGUUGAUCUUUGGACUGUACAUGUGUCCGUUCCUGAUAUGCACGGUGCUCGGUCCGGUUCUGUUGAUUCGAUUCUACAAAAUUGAUGAUGUUCUACUUCAAACUCGAAUCAACCUUUUCAUGUUUGCCCAGCAAUUGAUCUUUAUCGUCAUACUGGUCGUAAUGACGGCCAUGAGCAUCCGGUCAGCCUACAUUUUCGUGAUUGUGGUGAUCUUUUUCAACGUGUCCACGAUCGUCAACAUGAUCGUUCGGUUCCGUAACUUUCACUGGAUCUACAUUCAUCUGAUCGGGCAGAUCUUGCCGAUCGCAUACUACAGCAGCUUCUCGUUGACCACGUUCAGUACAUUCAUCCCGAUGCAGAACCGCGGAAACGCCGAGUCCAAUCCAGAAUUUCUGAUCGCAUUAUUCGCGGUUGUGGUGAUCCUAAUGAUGAGCAGUUUCCUCACGCCACUGAUCUCGAUGAUGCGAAGACCGUUCUUCUACUUUGGCGCUAUCGUCAUCUUCUGGAUCAUUACGAUCAUCGUCUCCGUAACGUCGGUUGGCUUCCCGUACCGUGCCGAAACGUCUCCGCAACGAUACUACGUUUUCCACAUCGAGCGCAACUUCUACGAACCGAACGGAACGAUGCGCCACUCGGAUACCCAUUUCUACAUCCACCCGCAGGACGUGCACACACCCGACUACAUCAUGGACGUCGUUCCGGAGAUGCAACGUGCCACCCAGCUGGGAGACGAGUGCGAUCGGGAGCUGUACUGUGGCAUUCCCUUCUACCAGAACACAUUCCACGCACGGCGAAACGUAGCCUGGUGGUUGCCCGCCAACACGAGGCCCACUUUCCCAACGCCCAUCAAGUUCGAGUUCCUAGGUCGUCAAAGCGCUUCACCGAGCACUACCCGGUACGACUUCUCCGUCGAGGGUCCGGACCAUAUGAGCUUCUACGUAUCACCGAUUCAACCGAACAAGCUGGUCCAGUGGAGUUUUAGCAAGGAGCUUCCUCGCAGCGGCUAUCCAUGGAAUGGUCAGGAUGUGCACUUCGUCAACUACGUCCACGGAAUCGAUGAUGCGCCGUACCGGUUCUGGGUACUGAUCGAGCAUGCGGUGGAUAAACCCGUGGACGAGCUUACAUUCCACCUGAACGUCGUCGGUCAGUAUAUGCACCACGAGGAAUACCGAACGGCCGAGUUCCAGCAGUUUGUCAACAACUUUCCCGAUUUUGCGCACGUAGUGGCCUAUCCCAGCUACCUGGAAAGCUGGCUGUUUUGAGAGAUAAGACGCUCGAUAUCGACAUAUUUUUUUUUCGUGAGCAACUAAUGAAGAAUUUGCCCGAGAAGC